AAAUAAAUUGAAUUAAAUUCUGAACCGGAAUCUUGUUCCAAUGGUGGCUUUCUGUUAGCAGUUUUACCAAGGAGGAAGAUUAUUAAAUUCAAAUCAUAAAAAAAUCACCUCUUUGAGUGGAUGGCUGGGUAGAAAACCUCAGUUCAAUUCAAUUUGACCAAACUUUGUGGUAAUACAAUAAUGGUUCAUACGUGGCAUCUCCUGCAGCGCUGGUGAACCAGAUUGGUGUAAGUAGGAGAGGGAUAAAGAAAGGAUAAUACCAUCUAAAGCACCCAGAUCAUCCAAGAUACUCCUGUCAUUGCUUCUGCGUGUGCGCAAUGAUUGGAUUUUUAUGCAAAUGCACUAAACCUUCUUGUCUCACCUGCUACAUGCCCAUUUUUGUGUGAGAUUGCUUGGUCUUGCAGUUUCUCAGCAUGUUGCAACACCUGAGAGCCCGAAGUAGGAGUUUGUUCCCGAGCUACAAACACGGCAGCCAGACUGCAGCCUUCAGGGAACCGGAUGACUUUCUGGAUCUUACAAUGAUCUUUCUGAAGCCAUGGAAUUCUAUGCAGGACCUGGGCAGAGACAUCUAUGAUCUUUAUGCUGAGGAUGAAGACGAGGAUCCAUCCACAACCCGUAUGCUGUUAUCUCCUGCUAAGGACUUCACACUCAACAUCAAUGUUGGUGGAACCGUGUAUCAUCUGCCCUACAGGCUAGCAGCCAGGUAUCCGAGAACCCGGAUUGGCCGUCUAGCUAUCUAUACCGACCACAGUAAGAAGUUGGACCUGUGUGAUGACUAUGUCGUCCACGGUAACGAGUUCUUCUUUGACCGGGACCCUGCUAUUUUCCACUACAUCUUCAACUAUUACAGGACUGGGAUGUUGUGCAUUAAAGAGGAACUUUGCCCCCGCCACUUCCUGGAGGAGAUCAACUACUGGGGGGUCAGAAUCAAGAACUGUCAGCGCUGCUGUCGCAUCGCAUUCGAAGAGCGGCAAGACGAGCUGAACGAGCAGCUGAGAAUCCAGAAGCAACUGAUGGCUGAGGUGGAGAUGGAGGAGAACGAGGCCUUGUAUCGCAACAUGGCCUUCGGGCACACGCGUUGGAAAAUCUGGAACAUGAUGGAAAAGCCUUUCUCCUCAGUUGCCGCCAAGCUGAUAGCGGUGGCGUCGUCCAUGUUUGUGCUGAUUUCGCUGGUUGCCAUGACGCUGAACACGGUGGAGGAAAUGCAGUACAAGACGCCAUCAGGGCAGCCGAGUGGCAGGUUCUACGGCGAAUGUGUGGAGACUUUCUGCAUCGCCUUUUUCACCCUGGAGUACGCUCUCCGCUUGCUGUCCACCCCGGACCUCAGAUGUUUCGGACGCAGCGUUCUCAACUCCGUCGACCUGAUCGCCAUCUUGCCGCAUUACCUGCAAGUGAUCCUGGAGUUUUUUGACGAAGAGGACGCACACAUGCGCUCUGGCGACAUUGAGACCAUGGCGCGUGUCGGAAAGGUGGGACAGGUUCUGAAGAUCAUGCGUCUGAUGCGGAUCUUCAGGAUUCUCAAACUGGCUCGUCACUCCACAGGCCUUCGAGCGUUUGGAUUCACGCUGAGACAGUGCUACCAGCAGGUGGGCUGUUUGCUGCUUUUUAUCGGCAUUGGGAUCUUUGUGUUUUCAGCCAUGGUGUACACGGUGGAGCACGACGUUCCCAGCACCAACUUCACCUCCAUCCCGCUCGCCUGGUGGUGGGCUUCUGUUAGCAUUUCCACGGUGGGAUACGGCGACAUGCUUCCAGAGACCAACCUGGGCCGCAUCUUCGCCUUCGCCUGCAUCUCCUUCGGCAUCAUCCUCAACGGCAUGCCCAUCUCCAUCCUCUACAACAAGUUCUCCGACUACUACGGCAAGCUCAAGUCACAGGAGUACGCCGCCGUCACAAAGGCUCGUGGCAACGUGCACUUUGCCCAGAGGGCGGCCAAGAAGUUUGUCGAGUGUUGCGAGGAUGCGGCGCAGCUGAAAGCAUCCCGACCGCAGUGUCAGUUCCUGCUAACACGGCAGCAUGGAGAGCUGACGUUAAAAAGGACCACCUUUCUUGAGCAAACUAUUAAUUGAACUAAAAGGUAGCACUGCUAUACAGAUACUUGUAGUUUGAAAGUAUUUCAAUAAGCAGAAUUAUGGUUAUUUAGGUGAGAAAUGCCUAUUGUUGCCGUAUUUCAUGAACAAAGAAAUUAUAAUUUUAUCUUUUUAAUCAUUCUAGAUGUAGACAUCUAUAUUUCAGCAGCAGGUUAUACAAAGGUGAAAGAGUUUGGAUACUACUCCUGUUCUCUGGUUUAAUAUUGUUUUGUACUCAUGUUUCAAGAACCUGCAAUAAUUGGAAGAUGAUAAAAUGAAAUGCAGGUAGCUGCUGAAUUAUUCCUUUAAGGCAGGGGUCUCAAACAUGCGGCCCGCAGGACACUAGUUUGAGGCCCCUGUCUUGAUAUGAAAGUUUAAUGUUAGUGCGGCCUGCGCAAGUUUGAUAUGGAUGCUGUAUGGUAUCAUGUACCCAGACAAAAAUAUUACGUUUGAUUGUUCAUGUUAAAGGUUAAAUAACUUAAUAGUUAUCCUCCCUAUCCGUGUGGAAGUGGUAAGUUUUUGGCUAUUUAAGUUUAAAGGAAAUAACUUGAAGGCUACCGUUUAGGUCGCUAGCUCUCUAGUUUGCGAGUUAGCAUGUGUCUCAAGACCCUGCAGUUGCGCAAUAUGUUGUAAAUAAGAGCAUAAAUGUGACUAUAGUCGUGUUUUGUCAUGUCUACAGCGCUCUAAUAAUGCUUUAUUAAUUUUAAUCUGAAAAAAAUAAUUUGUCUUCCCCAACUAUAUGUGGUUUCUUAAUUUUUAAUUAUUUGCUGUUUUAUUAUAUUUAUUACUGAUUGAUUUUCUUUAUUCUUGAUCUUAUUUUUGUAGAAAAAUAAAAAUUAAGAUAUUUGAGAACAGUGGAAUGUUUUCAGAGCUUUUUUUGUAGAAAAUCGGAACCAAAGCAAUGUUAAUUUUUUUUGUUUUUAAUAAAUGCGUUUUUUGGGGGGGGAAACCUGAUGCGGCCCAGACCCUAGCUCCAGUGGCCCCCAGGUAAAUUGAGUUUGAGACCCCUGCUGUAAGGGAAAAUAAAACAGCUCUUUUGUGACUAUAUGGCUUGAUAUUCCCUUAUUGUUAAAUACUGUACUCUUUAACCCUUUAUACGGCAAGUAACCAUAUAUGGUAACUUGUACAUGGUUUAAAAACUUAAAAAUUGCAGUUUUCUGACGCUAGGGGCCCGACACUCUCGGCCCAAACAUAAAAACUAACCAUAAGUUGAUCACAGUCACUCUGUAUGUCACUGAGUAGUUGUGCAAAAUGUUAAUACAGGUGUUGUUUCUGUAGGUUUUGUAGAAAGCAGUGAAUUUUGAGGCUGAAAAAUGCUAACACCAUAGCAUA